AUGGAUGAAAGCCAGAAAAGAGCUCAAACUGUGGCCCUGAUCAACAAGUACAGGACUAUGUACCAACUAUACAUGGAUCAAUUAACUCCCCAUGUCAAACACCGCUGGAUUGCACUUGGAGCGGGGGUGUUUCUCUUUUUUGUCCGUGUCGUGUACGGAGAAGGUUGGUACGUGGUGUGCUACGGGCUAGCGAUUUAUUUGUUAAAUCAGUUUCUGGCCUUUCUAACGCCGAAAUUCGACGUGUCUCUGCAACAAGAUGAAGAAAACAAUGAAUUAGAAUCUGGUGAAAGAGUUGACGAAUUCAAACCCUUUAUAAGGAGGCUCCCAGAGUUUAAAUUUUGGCACAACUCGAUGAGGGCACUGAUUUUGUGUUCUGCAAUGACGCUUUUCCGUAUUUUUGAUGUCCCAGUGUUUUGGCCAAUUCUUGUAGUAUAUUUCAUUCUGCUCUUUGCGUUGACCAUGAGAAGGCAAAUUCAGCAUAUGAUAAAGUACAAGUACAUCCCGCUAGAUAUUGGGAAAAAAAGAUACAGUACCAAAGAGUAA